AUGGAGCGGACUUCGUCGUGGCUGGUGGACAGCGGCGCAUCCUCCCAUAUCUGCUCGGAUCGUUCGCUGUUUUCGUCUCUCAAGAAGCCCAACGAAGAGAUCCUUGUUCGUUUUGGUGGAGGAGAGACUUACAAGGUCUUGGGAGUCGGCACGGUGGUGGCUACUCUUCGGUCACCAACAUCGGAAACCACCAUUCAGCUUGACAACGUUCUAUUUCUCCCUUCAUCAGUUCACAACCUGCUCUCUGUUCGUGCGCUUGGUGCUGCCGGCGUUGCCGUCUCGUUCCCCGCUGCUGGGCGCGUUGUUCUCACAUCUGAUGACGUUCCUAUUGGCGAGGGCUACACCCGCAACAAUCUGUUUUAUCUUCAACUGCAUCAUGGGAGCAGUGCUGCUCCUUCUAUCAAGCCAACUGCAUGUCCAGCCUCCACCACCACCUCCUCGUACCUCUGGCAUCGUCGUUUCGGGCAUCUCAACAUGCAGGCCUUGUCAACACUUCAUCGGCAGCAGCUGGUCACCGGUCUUCACCUCUCCUCCACCUCGAUUCCCCCCUGCAUCUCGUGCUAUCGUGGGAAACAAACACGUCAGCCAUUUGGCAUGUCCCAUUCUCGCACCACAGCCCCACUCCAACUCAUUCACUCAGAUAUUGCUGGACCGCUUUCAUAUGGAACUACCAUUGGCGGCGCUCGCUACCUUCUCACCUUCAUCGACGACUACUCCCGCCACAUUACAGUGUAUCUCCUACGCCACCGGUCGGAGGCACUUUCAUGCUUCAAGGCUUACGUCACUCGGCACCGUGUCAUCCUUUCUCGUGAUGUCAUCUUCAUGGAGCCCUCUGCACCGCCUUCCGACGACUCUCGCGACCCUCCAUCGUCAUCUCCACCCACAUCCUCCUCACUACCUCCUCCUACACACCCUUCUUCCUUGGACCCAAUCUCCCCUCCCUCUCCUUCCCCCACCAUACCUUCCUCCACCAACCCCCACCCACAAUCCCCAAACCUGCCCGCACCAGCCACAUCUUCUCCUCCUCCAUUGUUUUCCAACCUUCCUCUGCCCUCGACGCCGCAAGACUUUCACCUUCCAUCCUUCUCUCCUCCCUCUUUCGCCUCCCCCUCCCCAUUGCACGACUCGCUCCUCCCCGCCAUCCCCUUCAGCUCUUCCCGAUCCUUCCCUUUUCUCCUUCCUCAAGGUCUUACCAUCCCCUUCCGAACCCAUUGA